UGCUGAUUUGAAGAUAUGGAUAUCGGCACUUGUCAAGUGUAUGAAGAUGAAAUCAAGUCACUGGAAGAAGAAAUUAAACUACUGGCUGAACAGUACAAAGAUCUCCAGCAAGAAUCCACCUUUUAUUCAGAGGAGGAGAUAUUAACGGCAAUAAAAGCAUUUCAAAGCGAAUUUCAGAGAGAGUCGAAGGGACACGAAUUUCAGUCAGACCUGAAAGCUCAACUGGAAAAUUUGGAAGCAGAUCUUGGCUUUUUGAUGAAAUUUACCUGUAUUCAGUUCACAAGUCAUUCCAAGAGAACAGUAGAAAGAAAUAGAAACAGAACAGUGCAGAAGCACAGAGUAUCAGGGAAAUGCCACUCCCUGUCUUUUCAACUGGAAUUCCAGCUUCUUGAAAUAAAGGACGAAGAGAAGGUAUCCACUGUUAUCACUGAUCUCAGCAUUAUAAUGGAAUCUGGAGAAGAUUCAAAUGUGAGCAAGUUUGUGUCAAGAACUGAAGAACAUGGACAUCUUUUGGCGUUUUUCAGAAGUCUUUCAUCAUAUGCUGAGUGGUAUGAGCAUCGUAGGAGCACUUUCCAACACUUCAAGCUUUACUUGCUACUUUCUGAUCCUUACAUCAGUCUCACUAUAGCAGUCGCUGUGGUUUCUGGGACAGUGGUUCAGUCAACUGCUGCAACUCUUCCUCAUUUUAAAAUUCAGUUGAAAAUGAACAAGUGGGAAGGAGAUAAGUCUGGAGAGUAUUUUCUAAGUUGUCUUCUGUAUCUUAAGCAGUUUGAAAAGAUAUUUGUCCAGAUGAAUAUAGACAAUGAAGGGAUAUAUUUAUUUCUAGAAGAUGUGUGAGGAUAAAUUCACUGAAGACAUACAUUAAAAUUUUGUCUGCGUUACAAAUGUUUUUACUAAAGGUAUUUUUCCUUCCAUGGUCAAACAUGCUGUUGAGAGGGAAAGCAGUUUGGAAGAACAUUUAUCAAGUAUCAAACUGUGGCUUAUACAGUCUUUUCUUGAACAUCUCCCCUUACUGGCUUGCUAGACUUGAAGUACAUAGGCAGGUAACUGCACAGGAUUGAAGAGAAAACGUUGGAUUGGGGUUCUGGUUUUUAUACCUUUUUCUGUUGUUGUGUAAUUUUAAAGAAAAUCAUCCAGGCUGUUAAGUAGAACCUGCCUGCACUUUUAAUAAUUUUCUUACUCCGGACUGUAAAAACAGGAAAGGAGGAUUAUUUUGUUUUCUGUUAAUUUUGGUACUUGAGAAGAAAGGAAUAACAGAAGUGAGUGACUGAAUACUUGAAAUGAUAACAAACAUUAGAGAUGAAUAACAACUGCAAGUUUCAAGCAGAGAUGGAGAGCACUAAGAAGUUGAUUGUCAUAAAGGGGAGUU